UUAUGUUUUGGUGGCCAUUUCACUAAAAUGUACACUAUUGCUGUUACAGUAAUAAUCCGUAUGUAAACUAUAAACUAGCAGUGUUAAAGGCUAUAGCCUGAAAGUAAAAAGCAUACAUCAUGGGAUAUUUAAUGUUAGGAUAUUUUUUAGUUUUAUACCUACGUUGUACAAACUUGCAAAGAAUACAUGACGAAAAAUUGAUUGAGGACAGCUGUAAAUCAGAAGUUGACUAUUCAAAUAAUAUUGAAAAACUUCGUAUUCUUAUUAUGGAGCAAAGCAACAAACUUACUGGCUACGGACAGAAAUUUGAGAAUCUUGAAUCGAAUUGUGAUAAUUUAACAAAAGAGUUCUUAUCCUUCCGCCAGCUGCAAACAAACAUAACACGUGAACAGCAUGAUGAAUUGGAAACUCUCAGAAAAGAUAACCAGGAAAUGAAGAAUCGAUUAAUUCUGCUUGAGGAGGCAUGGACGGCAUGGAAUGCAACUAAAGGUGAAAGCGAACACCAUGAUUUUGUUGGAUUUACAGUGAUGCUUGGGGCACAAAUCCUUCCAUAUAAGGACAGUAUUAUCAAACCCUCAAGAAUCGUUACACAAUACCCAAAUAUCAAUUUUUUCUCUAACAGUGGUGAAUUUGUGUGUUUCAAAGACGGUAUUUACGUAUUUUUCCUUCAUUUAGUUACUGAAUCUCAGUCGAAUGGUGCUUGGAUCUACAAAAAUUUACAACCGAUGACAUUAACUUGGCAGGACGGACCUGGAGUAUCAACAGUGGUAUCCGGAACUACAUCUUUAACUGUUGAAUUACGCGUUAGGGAUAGGAUAAGCAUAAGGUCCUACAAAAACAACCUUUCUGUAAAUGAAACAUCAGUUUGGUCUGGCCAUCUUAUUUCUCAAAAAUCAAAUGAGUACAUACAUGUAGCAAUGCAGUCCUUACUAAAACGUGGAAAUUCAAAAUUUCUUACUGGAACCCAAAUGAUUUCAGAUAUAGGAAAUGCAAAUUAUUCAUUGAUGUCAGGGAAUUUUUUUUGUACAAAAAGUGGAAUGUACAAAAUUGAUAUCAAUGCUAUUAUAUUCAUUAAUUCGACUAAUGAUGGAGUAAGAGUAUAUUUGAAUGACAUACGUGUUCCUAGUUUGCAUGCGUGGCACUCUCAGAAGAAUGCCUACAGUUCCAGUUCAACGGCUGAAAUACUCAAUCUCAAUAUCGGAGAUAAAAUAACACUAGAUAUCGCUCACGAUGGAACCUUAAAUAAUUUUUCCAACUUUGCUGUCUAUUUACUAAGACCUUUGUUCGAUGUUGAUAUGGGCUUUUCCUGCAAAUUGAAGUUGGCCUCGGAAACGUACGUAACCUGCACCAGUCCGACAACAACUCUUAACUCCUCAGGUUAUUUUGCCUGCAAAGAAGAAGGGUAUUAUUACCUAAGUAUCAAUUUAUUGACUUCUUCGUUGAGAAACGGCAUUCAGUUUUACAAAAAUGAAAAAGCAAUGACAUUUGUUUGGAUUGAGACUAAAUUGGGGACCUGGAGUUCAGCUUCAACCUCUCUAGUCCUUUACUUAAAAGUUGGAGAUCUUGUUACGUUCAGGAAAAUGCGCCUUGGCUCUAUGAAUAUUGAUCAUGCAUCUCGUAUUGUAAUUUAUAAAGUUUUCCCAUGAUUAUCAAUUGUCACCACGCAUGUGUUUCUUUUAAUUUCCCGCUGUCCAAAUCUUAAGCAUGAAUAUGUCUAAUUAAUCACCAGCAAAUAAAAAAAACACUACAUUCUGAUAUGGGGGAAGGGGAAUCGCACCGUAAUGAUUAACAGCAAGAAUUAAAUACAAUUUUAUGAAAUCGAGUCUUCAAUAGUUUAUUUUCAAAACUUGCAGAAUGAUAAAAUAUCCUCAUAGCCACAACCUUAAUAUUUGGAUCAUCCACAUCUUCCAACUUUUUCCAACUUAGCAUUUUUUAACAUUUAGAAAAUUAAAUAAAACUUUGUAAAACUAUUUGUUUAUUUUAAGAAGUCACUGACAGUUUGUAUAGAACUAUUUAUGCACAUAAUAUUAAAUUAUACACGAUCAUGUUCCAUUUUUUGUAGUAUUCCCUGUUGAUAGAAUACUCCUUUCAACCUUCGAGGCUUUAAAUAAGGGUGUAUUUUUUCAAGCAUGAAAUUCAUGACAAUGUACAUAACUAUUGUAUGAUUAUAUGAAAGAAUGGUAUUUUUUGAAUUUUACUCUUGUUGUAUUCUCAUUGUCUAGAUUUGAAUAAAGAUGGAGAAAAUUGGACUUUAUAAUCUGUAUCAAUAUAAUUUCAUUUAAGUUUCUUUAUGUGACCUGCAAACACAGUAACCUUCAAACACACCCUCACACUGGACUCACCCUCCCUCAUUC